GGCGUGCGCCCCCGUGUGCGCGCGUCGUGCGCUCGCUGGGGAGGUGCGGGGACUCGGCGACCCGGAGCGCCUCUCCCGCGGUGCCGCGGUGCGGAAGUCGGGGCGCGUUGGCGCGCACGCUCGCUCCCUCCCUUGGCCGCUGUUCCCGCACCGCGGGGCAGCGGGCCUGGAGGCCCCAUUGAGAAGUAGCUUUCCCCGGCCGGCUGCACCUUUGGCUGCGUGCCCGGCCGCGCUCAGGGUACGACUGCCCGGGUCAGAUAGCACCUCAGGGCGAGCCCCGGUGGCCUGAUCUCGCCGACCCUCCUCGUCCGGGUUGCAACCCGGCUGCGAGGCCGCCCGCGCCCUCCGAGUGUCUGCCGGUGCAGUGGGGGUGGACUGGCCGACUGUGGCCGUGUGCGCGCGUGUGGAUUGGGGCCCGGUCCGAGCCAGAAGCUUAAGCGGCAGAUGUCGUCGGGCAUUGCCGCCCUCGCCCCACCUGUCGCGGGUGGACUUUGGGGCAGGUGGGAAGCGGAGGAGAGGGGUUUCGAGGCGGGUGUCAGUCACACCUCCAGCAACGCGGCCCCAUUGUGAAGCUGCCAAACUCUAGUGGUGGAAUCUGCAGGUCUCCGCCAGAAAGGAGAUGGGAACGCGAAGGGAAUGAUGGCCCCGUCCUUUUCGCCUUGCUAGUGUUCCACACGCUUAGGAACUCCCUGCCUCUCCUUCCACCUCAGUUUUCAAGCCUGUGGUACCUGGAGUAGAACAGAAAAAUUAUUAUGUCUGUGUUCCCUUGGGACUCAUUGGAAAUUGUAUAGUGACAUCUUCUGGGAUUUAGUCUGGAUUGUGCAGGCUGGUGCUUAAAAUGGAAGUCGAUAUUAAUGGAGAGUCUAGAAGUACCCUGACCACCCUGCCCUUCCCGGGGGCUGAGGCCAACUCCCCGGGAAAGGCAGAGGCAGAGAAGCCCCGCUGCUCCAGCACACCCUGCUCCCCGAUGCGGAGGACCGUGUCAGGCUACCAGAUCCUACACAUGGACUCUAACUAUUUGGUUGGCUUCACAACUGGCGAGGAACUCCUGAAGUUAGCUCAGAAGUGCACAGGAGGUGAAGAGAGCAAGGCAGAAGCCAUGCCAUCCUUACGCUCCAAACAGCUAGAUGCAGGACUUGCCCGUUCCUCUCGUUUGUAUAAAACCAGAAGUAGGUACUACCAGCCAUACGAGAUUCCAGCUGUCAAUGGCAGGAGGCGAAGGCGGAUGCCCAGCUCAGGAGACAAGUGCACUAAAUCUUUACCUUAUGAACCUUAUAAGGCCCUCCAUGGGCCUCUGCCUCUUUGUCUUCUUAAAGGUAAGAGGGCUCACUCCAAAUCUCUGGACUACCUCAAUCUAGAUAAAAUGAUCAAGGAGCCAGCUGACACAGAAGUGCUACAGUACCAGCUUCAACACCUAACCCUCCGAGGGGACCGUGUGUUUGCUAGAAAUAAUACAUGAAUGACUUGGAGAGAGCUUAAACCAGUUUAGGUCAGCCUACGCUUGGCUAGAAAAAACCCACUGCUGUACUCUGUACAUGACUCUUCACACUAUAGAUGGUUAUAUCAGCUAAGUGUUCCUGGAACAUAAAAAUUGUUUGGAUCAAAUUUGAAUACAGGAAUGAAAUCACAGGUACUUGGGGGGGGAUAUCAUUCUAGAGCACGCAACUGCAAAGGAAACAAUGUUGACUGUUAGUUUGUAUAGCUUUUUAGCUAGGAAAAAAAGGCUUUGGUACAGUAAUUUCAUCUUUAUGAUUCUGACACUCAAAUUGGGAAUGUUACCUGCUUGGUUGUUGCUGACUUGAUAUGAUUCAUUAGAAAUUUAUAUCUUAAGUACUCAAGUACUUCUUGAAUCUCUGUAUUUUACUAUAAAAUGUAUGUAAUGGUUUGUUUUAUGAAAUUUAGAACUUGAACAUUGCUGAAUUGGACCACUUUUUAUUUUUAAAUAUUGAGUUUAAAUAUUUUAUAACUGGUUUUGCACUGAAAAAAUUAACAUUUCAGAUUGACAAGACAGUAAUCUUUCUUCACUUGCCUCAAUAAUAUUAUUGAGCAAUGAAUUUUUUAUUUCCGCAUGGAAAGUUAUUGAUCUCUAUGGCUGUAAAAUAUUUCUUUAUAGCGUUAUUAAAGUGUGUCUUAAUAAAAUUAAAUUUGGGAUACAAAGUAUUUAUUUUACAAUGGGUGGGUGGGGGAAGCUUUUCCAGAAAGUUUCCAAUGUGACGUUUUCUUAAGUUGAAAAAACUCCUUAGUGCUUAUUUUCUAACUUAAAAUUCACCUGGAACUUUAAAUUGGAAAGGAUUCUUUUAAUUGUGGAUUAUAGGCAUAAUACUGUUUGCAUCUGAAUUUUCUGUAAGUGAAUAAAAGUUUAAUAGAGGAACUCAUGAUUUGUACUAUCGAAUGAUUAAACUAAGUAUGAAGUGAUACCAUUCAGCAUGGCAUCAGGUCAUUCCAGUUUUAGUUCUGUGCAACACAAGCACUCACUGAAAUUCGAGUUUCUAGGAUUAGUGUAGGAGCCUAACGUGCUUCUGCUGUUUUAAUGGGUUAAUCCUGGAUUACUUAACAAUUUAUGUCAAUUGCACUGGUUUAAUUUGUUGCUAAAGAAAUAAUGCCCUGGCUUUAGUAACAAAUACAGCUCAACUACUCUUGAAUAUAUUUUGAAAAAAAAAAAAAAAAUGUAUGUAACUUACCUUUUGUAAACUUUCUAUUUCUUUUUUCCCCCAUUUUUGACUCUUAAAGGUGCAAUUUAUUACUGAAUUGGGAUUUCUGGCAGCAUAGAACUGCUUUUUAUUUUGGGGUCUGUGAGUUUCUUAGGUGUUAGCAAUCUCGCUUAUAAAAUAAGAACACCUUUUAAUUAAUGAGUGGGUCAUUCCUGGUGCAAUUGUGAUUUUUCUUUAGCCAGAAUGAAUGGCAAACUCUAUUUAGAGCAAAGUAAGUAUUAGAAAACCCUAGGAACUCUUAAUCAACGUUUAUUAUACUUUCAUUAAGGCAAACUAUGUGAAAGAGCCUUGGGGAAGUUGGCCCAUAUCUUACUGAGUUGAUCAGAUUUCUCGUUGGGCUGGAAGUGUUUAGCUGUUGUAUAUUUUAAAGUAAAUUGCACCUUUGUAACAUAUUGUAUUGACGAAUGAUCACUAAGAUUAGUUAUAUCUAUACAGUCAUUAGUUUGACAAGAAAUAGAAUCCUGUCAGAUGCCAAAGAGUGGGAUUUUUACGUUUAAUGAUUAAACACCAUUAUUUAUUGACAAUUUACCCUGUGGAACUGUAUUAUUUCUAACUAUGAAAUAAACGGGUGAUGUAAACACA